UAACGCGCGGGAAAAUGGUAAACAAAAACAGUACCAAACGUUUCCGGUUUCGCAAUUACCAACUUGCCAGCAGACAGCAAUGGAAAAUUUCCAGAAAAUAGAAAAGAUUGGUGAAGGGACUUACGGAGUUGUUUACAAAGCAAGAGAUAAAACAACUGGUCGACUUGUAGCACUGAAGAAAAUAAGACUUGAUGCAGAAUCUGAAGGAGUACCAUCAACAGCUAUCAGGGAAAUAUCUUUACUCAAAGAACUUGACCAUCCAACAGUUGUCAGAUUGCUUGAUGUUGUACAUAGUGAGAAAAAGCUUUAUUUAGUUUUUGAAUAUUUAAAUCAAGAUUUGAAGAAAUAUAUGGACAGUUGUCCACCUUCUGGAAUGCCUUCAUCAUUAAUAAAGAGUUACCUUUACCAGCUGUUACAAGGUGUAGCCUUUUGUCAUGCACAUCGAGUUCUACACAGAGAUUUAAAACCACAGAAUUUACUGAUAGAUGUGGAUGGUAACAUCAAACUAGCAGAUUUUGGUUUGGCCAGGGCAUUUGGUGUUCCAGUUAGGACAUAUACACAUGAGGUUGUAACGUUAUGGUAUCGGGCACCAGAGAUAUUAUUGGGAAGUAGGUUUUAUUCAACACCAGUUGAUGUUUGGAGUUUAGGCUGUAUAUUUGCUGAAAUGAUGACACGAAGAGCAUUGUUUCCAGGAGAUUCUGAAAUUGACCAACUCUUCAGAAUAUUCAGAACUUUAGGUACACCUGAUGAAACGGUAUGGCCAGGAGUAUCACAGUUACCAGAUUUUAAAUCUACGUUCCCCAAAUGGCCUCAACAAGCAAUUUCCUGUACUGUCCCUCAUAUUUCAGGAGAUGUAUUAGAUAUGUUAGAACAUAUGUUAAAGUAUGAACCAAGCCAAAGAAUAUCAGCUAAAGCAGCUCUGACUCAUCCAUACUUCAACAAUGUAUGUAAACAAAGACCACCGCAAAUCCUCAAAUGAAAAUAAUUCAUGUGUUAAAUGGAUCUUAUAAAUCAAAUUUCUACUUUGAAAGUAGAAGAGAAAACUAUUUUCUGAAGGAAGAAUGACCAAAACAGAAGUGAUUUAAAAUGUAUACCUUUUAAAACUAUUUUUAAUAUUUAUACAUCUUUGUCUCAAAGUAUCAAAAGUAUGUGACAUAGAUAUUUAUGAUUUAGAGGAAGAAACAUUAGUCUUUUGUUAUUAAGAGAUCAUGUGGUAAUGUGAACAAUGCACCAACACUAAGUCUUCAUUUCUGUUGAAAAGAGAACAAUAAGGGUGAGGAUUCCACUUCAUUGUUUUUAAGCUGUAGUUUUAUAAAAAAAAGUCUCACAGUUUUGAUAUGCAUGUUAUUUUUGCUGCUGAAUGUUAAGAAUCAACCAAUCAUCGUCAAUUUUCCUAUCACUCAUUUUUGUCGAGCCUUCGACUUUAGCCGAAAAAGCG